AUGAGCGCCGCGAGGAAGUUUGAAGAGAACGCAGUGCAGACCGGGUGUCAGUCAAUCAUCAAAGAUGCUGAAAAGUGUGCCUCAGAGCUACACUUAACUCUGACUUUACAGCAUCCUAAUCCAAGGGCUACUACGAAGGAUGGUGACGAAAUAGGAGGAAAAAAACUUAAAAGACCACUCUUGCCAAGGCACAAUAGAAAACUUUUAGUGACACACUGGGAGAAGAGAAAUGGAAAGGGAAACUGGCUCGGCCCUUGAUAAUAGCAGCAGCCACGCAGGAAUUGUACCAACAGAUGUUUCCAACCAAGUUAUACCACCAAAGGCAAACUGGAAAAGGGAGUGGAACUUCACAUGUCAUGUGCCGAAUGUGUGGUAAAUUGCCUGAAAAUGUGUCGCACGUUUUGGCGGGGUGUGGGACACUCUCUCAGACUAAGUAUCUCGCGAGGCAUAACGCAGCUGUUAAAUCCUCUUCUUUGAGUUGCUGAAGGACCUUGAACUUAUUUCAGAAGUGUCUCAAUGGUCAAGCAGUAAAGGAACUUGUUGGAGAGAAGAGUGCCACCAUCUUACAAAGAAUGCAGAGAUCAGUCAUAUCGAGUACAUUAAACAUUGCGCGCAGUUUCAAAUUCUUGCUCAAGAGGAUUCUUGCUAAAGUGCUCUGUUUUAGAAAAAAAAAUUUUAUUGAAACUUUUAUGGAAACUUUUAUUAUGAUUUUGCCAUAUAUCUUAAGCUAAAUAGAAUGGUGGACAAAAUUUUAGGACAAACGGAAACAUCUCUAUUUUUUAUUUAACGUUUUAAUAUUUUACAAGAGCCGGCUAUGAUAUUCUUAAUAUUUCAAUAUUUAAAACAUAAGAAAGACUUCAUGGCGCUCUCUCCAGCUAUGGCUCAAAUAGCAUCUUCACCAAUAUGAGCUGUAGAAAUGUAAGGAAUUCAUACCGCAUCGCUCGUCGCGCGGGUCAACAAGGAGCGCGAGGAGCGCGUCCCUCAGUGAAUGGUCAGGGUGAGGUCGAAAAGUUGUCUACUGAUCUACCCUCUCAACCUGCAGUGGCGGCCAACCCAUCUCUGAGUCUCUCUCAACGGGGUCCUUCCACACCAGAACGGGCAGGUACCAACACAGAUAGAAGAAACACCAGACACAAAUGGACACGAGAGGAUUACAUUGAAGUCAUGUUCUGCUAUUUCAAGGCAAAGGCAGACCCCAGUGAAGGUGUAACAAAAGAUACAUUCAGAAUAUGGAGGGAAAGAAACCCAAAUGAAAGGCCCAAUCUAACAGCCAAUGCACUGAUUAACCAACGUAGAUAUAUUGAAAAACAACACAAACUAACAGAAAUUUAACUAGAUAACAUCAAGCAACGGAUUGAAAAUGAAUUGAAUGAACAAAACAACCAAACAGAUAGUGUAGUGGAUGAUGUGUUUGUAGAAGAUGCCAACAAUUGUUAUUAGGACUCAAAUGAAGAUGAGGUAAAACCAUCACAAAAUCCAUCUGAGAUCGAAGACCUAGUUAAAGAAAUUAAGAGGGCAAUAGCUGAAUGGGAAAAUAUCAGGAUGGCAGAGAGGCCCCCUCUACCCUAGAUAUCAAUGAACAGAAAAGCUUAGCUGUUGAUCAAACAAGCAAACCAAGCAAUUCAAUUGGUAAUAGCAGAAGAGGCACCCAACCUCAAUAACAUCAAUUUGUUACAAUAUGUCACUGCGUAUGUGAUAUUUGAAAAGAUGGGUAAAACGCCAAAACUCCCAAAGACAAAGAACAAUAAACGGCAACAACCAAAAUGGAGGACAAGAAUAGAGAAUCAGAUUAAAAGCAUGAGAGCUGAUCUGUCGGUACUAACGGACAAGGCACAGAAAGGUGAAAACCAAAAGAUCUUCACGAAAAAGCAAAGAAUUAAAAAGAAAUACAAAAUAACAACAAAUCAAGAACUGCAAACAGUAAGGGAAUCCCUUAAAAUGAAAAUUCAAGCAAAAGCCCAAAGAAUGAGGAGAUAUGUAAAAAGAAGUAAACAAUUCAGUCAAAACCAGGUGUUUGCAGAUGUUAUCAGUUGAAAAACCACCUAAGAAAGAAGCAACAGAAACAUUUUGGCGUAACAUCUUGGAGAACGAUAGAGAGCACAACCAUUCAGCAGAGUGGAUAAAGAGGGAGGAGCAGAAAUAUGCUGAUACAGAAUGCCAACCAUGGGAGGACAUAAGCCAAGAUGAGUUGCAGACUGUUUUAAAGAAAGCAAGCAAGUGGAAGUCACCCGGCCCUGAUGCAGUUCCUAACUUCUGGCUAAAGCACCUCACAGCACUACACCAACACCUACUGAAUGCAUAUAACCAAGCAAUAGAACGCCCAGAAAAUCUGCCUGAUUGGUUCACUACAGCACAAACAUAUUUACUACCAAAGAACAAAGACACAGAGAACCCCUAAAACCAUAGGCCAAUUGCCUGUUUAUCAACAUCCUACAAGGUGCUCACAUCGAUUUUAACCGAAAGAAGCUACACCCACAUCACGAAGAAUGAUAUAUUGCCGGAAGGACAGAGAGGUUGUGUCAGGGGUUCAUAUGGAUGCAAAGAUCAGCUCCUAAUAAAUAAAAUGAUCAUAGAAGACUGCAAAAAGAAGAAAAAGAACCUGAGUAUGACUUGGAUAGACUACAGAAAAGCCUAUGAUAGUGUUCCUCACAGUUGGAUACUGAAGACCUUACAGAUGUACAGAUUUAAUGAAAAACUAAUGAAGAUCAUGAGAACCUCAAUGAGCAACUGGAAAACUACGAUGAAGCUAUCUUACAAUGAUGGAUGCAUCACAACAGAUCAGAUCAAGAUCAAAAGAGGGAUCUUUCAAGGAGAUUCAUUCCCACCUCUGCUAUUUUGUCUAACCCUUGUGCCUUUAACAUCAGAGCUGGCUACAUCUGGGUAUGGUUACAAGAUCUUAAACACAAGUGCUCCAAUCAGCAAUCUGUUUUAUAUGGAUGAUCUAAAAUUGUAUAGCAAGAACGAGCAAGAACAAGUUGGAGAACUGAAAAUAAUGAAACAAUUCAAUGAUGAUAUUGGUAUGGAACUUGGACUUGAGAAAUGUGCCAAAGCCAGUUUCAAGAAAGGUAAAGUGGCCUCAACUGGAAACAUAGUAAUAGAUGAUGACACAGAAAUACAAGAGUUGGACCAGGAAGGAGUAUACAAAUACCUGGGUGUAGAUGAAAGUGAUGGUAUCCAGCAUAGCAAAAUGAAAGAGAAGAUAAGAAAAAAAUAUAAUAGGAGAGUAAGAUUAAUGUCUAAGAUCUGAGCUCAAUGGAAGAAACAAAAUAGAAGCUAUGAAUAGUCUUGCAGUCCCAGUUGUGCAAUACAGUUUUGGCAUCAUUGACUGGAAAAUCUCAGAUGUUACAUCCUAAAACAUCCUAAAGCAGAUGUGGAAAGACUGUACAUCCCAAGAAAAUAUGGAGGUAGGGGCCUGAUUGAUGUAGAAACAGCAUUCAAAACAGCAACAAUAGUGCUUGAUCACUAUCUGAAGCACAAAGAAGGGCAAUAUCCAAAGCAGCUGCUUGAACAUGAAAGAUCUAAAGCCAAAAAUUCAAUAUCCAAGAAUGCUACUAAAUUCAAAAGGGAAGUAACAAUGCCAGAGGUUGAGAACAGAGAAGAUAAAUCUGCCUCUGAAAAUGCUAAAGCACUGAAACACGUGUUUAAGUCCAAGAUGAAGUCAAUGAAAGAAGAAAAGUGGAGAAACAAAGUAUUGCAUGGCUAG